GUAACAGCUAGCCAUGAAAUCUUUAGAAGCCUCUUCAUUCGCUCUGGUUUACUUCUUUACACUAUAUCUUAUAGGUGAGUGUGUUUUCCUUUAAGCGUUUUGACUGGCUGAGCUUUGUCAUAGUCUAGGAAGGCUAAUUUUAGCCAAAGGGCUAAAACGUGCCUAAGAGCAAGCGACCUCAGAAAAUUGCAUGGUACCCGACACGAGUUCUAAGCUUUCGACUCAGUAACAAAUACAAUGAAAUAGUUUUAGUUAGGUGCUUUACAAAAUAUUUCUCACUCUUUCAAAGCGUUCUUGUGGGGUUGAUGCUCAUACACGUGUAUUAAUGUGAGUCUCGCUUGGACAGAGCGAUUAAUUAUGAUGCGCACGAGAGAACCGGCCGCGAUUAGCAUGUGUACAUGUAAAGCCCUAAUAAUCACUGUGAUUUUUUUUACAGGUGACUCGUGCGAGGUAUCUUACUAUAGCGUUCAAGAAGUUAACGUCAGUGUUGGAGAAGUGGCUGAUAUGUCUUUCUGCCGACCAAAUGAUACCAGCGAGUGUUUUAGAUACUAUCGUGUAACGAAAAAUUGGAAUAAAGUAAUUUUCACAUUGAACGGAGGAUCCGACAAAGCAAACUGCAAAGCUGGCGAGAGCUUCUGCGAGCGGUCGAGGUUUUACAAGUAUAAUGCAUCGCGUUUAUUGCUAAGUAUUAACGAGACCAAGUCAAACGAUGAAGGGUCCUAUGAAGUUCAAGCUAAAUUCAAGAGUGUUUGCCGCGAUUACUUUGUUAAUACGACGUUGCACGUGAUACACCUGAAAGUCGACGGUGAGUGAGACAGUUUCUCUAUUGGUUAGUUUGUUGUUUGAUUUUCAUCAAUGGCACGGGUGCACAAUUACAUGACAAAAAUGUCGGUCAGAGUGAGGAUUUUUGAUUCGGCUAGAUUUUAUUGAAAGCAUAUUAUAAUUUUAAAUUACCAUCUACAGUGGAACCUCGACAUAACGAACCUCUAUGUAAAGAAGUUCUCUGUAUAUUUAACGAACUUGAACGCCGAGUUUUUCAGUUUACCCAGUAAUAGUAAAAGAACGUCGAUAUAACGAAACCUCGGUAUAGCAAACAAAUUUUGGUAGUCCCGUGGCCCUUCGUUAUAUCGAGGUUCCACUGUAUUCCAAAGUGAAUACAAGAAGAAAUCAAGUAAAUAGAAACUCAAUGUCCUAACCCAUUAAGAAUUCAAAUUACGCUGAACGUUUUUAGUUUAAAAUUUAAAGAAAUGUGGAAUGCUUUACGCAAACCGUUUGAAUCUUUUCGCGUUUAUUUUAUUUUAUUUUAUUCCCCCUUUUUUCAGAAAAUUCAACGACUUCUUCAACUUCUGUAAUGUCAACCAGAGUUUCAGAUCCAACCAACGGUAGGAACUGUUUAGUGUUGUGGCGUUCGUUACAGACGCUAUAGCGUCUCCAGUCAAGAGUAUCCAGCCACUUCUUUCCAUGGUCAGAUCGAUCCAAGCCAGAUAGUCAAAUAAUUCAACAAUAUAUAGUUAGAACGUUUCACGAGUCUCAGAAGCCACGAGUAGUUACAAGUGCAUUACUCCUGUGUAUACCACGUUCUUUAAGGUAAUAAGAAGCCAAAAGAGAGUGCUUCACACUAAAACUGUAGAACGAUUUGACUGGUAAAAUGAGAGACGACCUGGUCUGGAACGAUCUGACCAUAGAACGAAGUGACCGUAGACCUUAAUCAAGAUAUUAGUAUCGUCAAAAUUACUUGGUGGAUAUUUUUAGUUUGUUGUGACAGUCAGAGAUAGUUACUUCUGAAUAGGAUUAGGGCCUACCAUACAUUAAGUCACUUGAAUGAAUAGAUUGUUGUUGUUGUUGUUGUUUUGUUUUUUUUAAGGAAUUUGAUUGAAGUGAAGCCCGUUUUUUGUUGGAGGUUUGAAGAAAAAGCAUUUUCCACCUUUUGGGGCUGUCAAAUUUCAUGUCAGACGAAUUCAAAGCUCUUCCUAAUGCACCUAUCAAUGUAAUGCCGGCGGGGGGGGAGGCAGGGCAUAGGGUGGGGAUUUGACUUUUUUCAAAAAUUUGCAAUCAAAUUCCCUGCCCACGGGCAAAUCAUUCCAGUCAAAUGCAACCAAAUUUCCCCACCCCAGGCUGCACAUUGCUGUCAAUCCCAAGGCAGAACCUAAGAAAGGCACAAUAAAAAUAUCUCCAAAAUUAUAAAACUCUGCAAUCUUUUAUAAACGUUGCUGCAUUAACAAAGAUACAUGUUCCUGUUACAGCUGCAAUUAUACGUUUUAACCAUAAUCCGUGUUACACUGCGUAGAAUAAAUAAACCUUUAGGAGAAAGUCCACAUUUUGUAAGUCUAAAUAUACCGUUCUUAGUAAAAGGUACAAAGAAAGUCAGUUUUAUAAGUUUACAGUGAUUGUAGCGAAUGAGCCAUACACUAAUCAAUUGUACUUGCAAAAUCGACUUAGUUUCUCUUUACUUCCGUUUACUUUGAUACCACAGUAUUUUAGGAGGUUCAAUUGAUCAAAAACACGCUAAAACAAACGAAAUUUAAAGACAAAACAGUGAAAUCAACUCAGCCUUCGCUUGUUUUCAUUAGCCUCCAUGACUUCCUGAUCUUUUCAAACCGCAUGGCACAUCCGUGAAGCGUGGAAGCUGGAAACAUGUUCGGUAUCAAUCUUUUUCGUCCGAGUCGGCAGUCAAAUAUCUCCACGUCGGGCGAAGAAAGAUUCAAAUAUCCCCUCCCCCGGGAGAACAAGAUCAGUCAAAUGCCCUACCCCAGGGACAACAAAGNCCCCCCCCCCCCCCCCCCUCCGGCUUUACAUUGAUGGGUGCAUAAAUCGCUACUAACACCAACAAAAUAGAACAUUACACUGGUUCGAGAGGCUCGUCAAGUAUAAAUCUAAAAGUUAUAUGUGUGGUACAGAGUCUGUUCGUUAAUACGUCCUACACUCAUUUGUCUUAGCAAACUAAUUGGCUGAUUAUUGGAUAACGUUUUACACUUAAAUUACAAUUUCAAAAAUGACAAAACACCUCGGAUAUUUUAGAACCUGGAGACUUAGAGAAGUCUUUCAAGUUCAGCCAAUCGACUGAAUCGAUUUGGGUAGGUAGGAAGACUGAAAAAAAUAAGCCAAGUCUUGAGUCAUCAUAGUCAUUAGUCAGGGGUGUAAGCCAGCCAUUUUUUUCUUUUAGGCCCGAAUUGUAGAAAGGGGAUAAUAUGAACUCUUUUUUAGGAGCCUUUCACUUGGCUUCAUAGCUACUUAAGGCUUUCAAAAUUAAAGUGGUGGCCAAUUCCUUAUUAUAAGUUCGCUCCCAGAAUAAGACAAAAACAAAACAAAACAGAACAAAAGAUAAAGCCUAACAAAGCAAAGAAGGACAAAACUAUUUACUAGAUGCUAUUUUGACAACGGCUCCUCCAAAAUUACGAGUUUUUAACCUAUAUGAUCAGAUUCUGCCAGGUAAUAAAAGUACAUAAAAAAGGGGAUCCCUUUGCAUCUUCUUGAAAAACCAAGAUGGCGUUCAUCGAUAAAUUUUCCAAGUGAAUCAUGUGCCAAUUUUACAUAUCACCUCGACAGACAUUCUGUUAGAACCUAGCUGUAUUAGGUGCAAUUUCACGCCUUUUUAAUAUUCGAUUACAUGAGCUCAUUUGAACCCACCUUUUUUGUUAAGUCCGGUCUUAAUUACUUAAAGACAGCUACGUCCUUGGUGGUCACUAGACUGUCUGAUUUGCCUUCCGAACACACUCGUUUUCUCAACCCGCACAUCUGCUUGCGCGGCUGGUUGUAAUUGACCCCACAAGCAAAUUGGUAGUACGUAGGUACCAUCUGCAAAUCCCUAGUAGACAAGAAGUAGCAUGAGAUGGUUCAUCCUGACCUUUCCAGUGGUUAAUUUUCUUGACCCGUUUUAACCCUCGGAAGUAAAGGGGAGCGGGCGGGUGGUUUGCUUUCCCCCAUCCAUCAUAAGGCUUUUCUGAUUUUUUUUCCUAGACGAUAAAACAUCUGCACCUGAAGUUUUCUGUGUAGCUGUUCGUUUUCUCCUCGGCUUAGGUGUAAAUUUUUCUUAGUUCACUUGUUCUUUUAAUUUUAGUUUUUGUCAUUUUUAGUACAGGAGCAAUUUUCUUUUUGCUAUGCAGUGACCUACUGAAAACCACAUUUUGUGACAGAGCUAGCCAUCUGUAAAAAGAACUUUCUUGUUCUUGUUAUUCUUGAUCUUGUUCUUUUUCUUCUUCUUCUUAUUGCUAUUAUUAUUAUUAUUAUUAUUAUUAUUAUUAUUAUUAUUAUUAUUAUUAUUACUAUUAUUAUUAUCAAAAACAGGCCCUCGAUUUAAUCUUCUUUUGUGAUCUAUUUGCAGGAUCAUCCCCUUCCACUUCUCCAACGACGUCCUCUGCUGCAAACUUUUUACGGACUUUUCCAAUGGUAAAUAUGCUUUUAGCAUGUUUUCUAUUAGUUGAGAUAAUGUGAGUGAUACUCGCGGUCUUUAAGAGUAAUAAGUAGUUCUUAGAUGAUUGAGAGUGUCUUCCAAGUCAUGAGCAGCUAGAUAGACAAUAGGCUCGAUUAACGGCCGAUUUGUGCUCCCACAUUUCCUUAGGCUUAAAAUGGGAGGAGGCCGAAGCAAACUGGACUCCCUCAAAUGCCUGAAAAUGGACACCAGCUUCGUCCCCAAGCCAGUUCGCGCUAAACAGGCUUGAAAGGUGACAUCAUAUCCGAAAUCGCCGAGGACGACUGAAGAAUGAGGUUGCAGUCGAACCUAGGAAGACAAUGAAAGAGAUACAACAAGAAUGAUUCUUUGCAUUUUUCAAGAAUUCAGUUGUGAUGUAACCUUUCCUGUUAUUCUUUUUAGUACUUUGAUAAUCAUUCAGUUAUGCCAAACUGAAGAGGUUUGAAUAAACGAAACUUGUCUUAAGGCUAAAAUAAAGGCUAGUGCGUGAAAGACUAUUCGUAAAACUCAGUACAGCUGUUAUGAGAAUUAUGCCAAAGUUCUUUGUAGUUUUUUUUUUAGCAUUUUUGGCAUAAUUUCCAAAAGCAGGAAGGUUUUUACCAGACAGGGAGCAGACAGGGAGCAGUAUACAAGAUCAAAUGCUGCGACUGCCAGGCUUCUUACAUUGGUGAAACCGGCAGAAACCUAAGCACGCGCCUAACCGAACACAAACGAGCGACGAGGAAUGGUGACGUCAACAAUCACAUUGCUGAGCACCAUUUACAGACGAAACAUCAAAUUGACUGGGACUCUGCGACAUGUAUAACGUAUUCUCAGGGGCACCCAACGUCAAUUUUCGGAAAAUAUCUGUUCGGAAGACGAUUUGAGAUCUAGAAUUUUCGGAACAUUUGUUGUAAAAUUUCUUGCUUGCCUGCCUUUCUCAAGAACAACAGUCCUAUUCAGGACUACGUUUACGCGGACAAUCAAACUCAACCUACUUUUGAAGGUUUUUACCGCCGCCUGGUUCAGCUCAGUUGGAAGAGCGCCUGUCUGCUGAGCGGGCGGUCGCGGGUUCAAACCGCGGCCGGACCAACACUCAGGGUCUUAAAUAACUGAGAAGAAAGUCCUGCCUUUGUAAUGACAUCUGCAUGCUGCAAACGGUUAGACUUUCUAGUCUUCUCGCAUAAGGACAAAAAACCGUAGGUCCCGUCUCACAGCACUUUCAUAUCUGGUUCUCUUGUGGGACGUAAAAGAACCCACACCACUGUUCGAAAAGAGUAGGGAAGGUAGAUCCCGGUGGUGUGGCCAACCUUUCCUUCUCUGGAUGGGUUAUCUGUAAGGACAAAUCUUAAUACAGGGAUAACCUUAUGAUCCUCUUUCCAGUGUCGUAAUGGCUACCUGUAAACAGGGUAUCAGAACUUAUCACCUUAAAAAAAAUGGAGACUUCCACCCUGGCAUUAAUACCUCAAAGUUCAAACGGGUUUUCAGUGCUAUAGCCAGUACUUUUCUAAAAUCGUUUGACCUAAAUGCAUCUUUGACAUACCUUGUUACAAGUUUUUAGUUAUACAACCACGUAAAUUUUUGAUUUAAUAAAAAUUAUAUAUUCUCUUUUUUCAGGGAUUUCUUGGAUGUUUUGGAGCGCUUUUGAUGGUUCCUGUGUUUGUUAACCUGAACAUGAAGGAAGAGUUUGUUUCUUAG